GGGGAGUAUAUAGAGGAACACAGGGGUCUGUACAAGGACGUGAUGAUGGAAAAUCACCGGCCCCUCACAUCGCUGGAUGGUCCCAGUAACAGAGAUACCCCAGAGAGAUGUCACCAUCCUCUGUAUUCCCAGGAUUGUACAGAGGAGAAUCACAGGAUCCCACAGGAGGAUCAGGAGGAAGAACUGACUGAUUUUAUGGCAGAAGACACAGAGGGAGAAGAAGAGACGCAUGUGAGUGAUCUGAAGGCAGAAGAUACAGAGGGAGAAGAAGCGACGUAUGUGAGUGAUAUGAAGGCUGAAGAUAUAAAGGGAGAAGAAGAGACGUAUGUAAGUGAUAUGAAGGCAGAAGAUCUAGAGAGAGAAGAGACGUAUGUGACUAAUAUGAGGGCAGGAGAUACAAAGGAAGAAGAGAUGUAUGUGAGGGAUGCUAAACAGGAAGAGGAAAAGCCUUCAGAUAUCAGCACAGGUGGAAACAAUACAAGGAAUACCUCGGAGGGACAUGUCGUUUCAUUUCCAGAUUUUAAAUUCAAAGAUGAGAACAUCACACGAGGCUCUCCAGACAGAAACCUAAAUAUACAUCCAGCAUUUCACAGUGCAGAUAUAUCUUCUGAUCCCUAUAUUCCUGAGGAAUGUUCUCCUAGUAACUCAAAUAUCGCUGCACAUAGUACAGAUCGUAACAGUGAUAGAAUAAACAAAUAUGAUCGAAGUCACACAGGAAAGAAACUAUUAAAGUGUUCUGAGUGUGGGGAAUUGUUUACACGGAAAUCACUUCUUGUUAUACAUCAGGGAUAUCACACAGGUGAGAAACCAUUUCCACAUUCUGAGCGUGGGAAAUGUUUUACACAGAAAUCACAUCAAGUUAAACAUAAGAGAAGUCACACAGGGGUGAAUCCAUUUUCGUGUUAUGAGUGUGGGGAAUGGUUUCCACGGAAAACACUUCUUGUUAGACAUCGGGGAUAUCACACAGCUGAGAAACCAUCUCUGUGUUACGAGCAUGGAGAUUUUUUUACACAGAAAUCAGAUCUUGUUGCACAUGAGUGAAAGUCACACAAGUGAGAAUAUAUUUCCAUGUUAUGAGUGUGGGGAAUUGUUUACACGAAAAUCACUUCUUAAUAGACAUCAGAACUCACACAGGUGAGAAACCAUUUCCGUGCUCUGAGUGUGGGAAAUGUUUUAUAUGGAAAUCAGGUCUGGUUACACAUCAGAGAACUCACACAGAUGAGAGACCAUUUUCUUGUUCUGAGUGUAAGAAAUGUUAUGCCACGAAUACACGCCUAGCUAGACAUCAGGGAGCUCAGCACAGGUAAAAACCUGUGUAAGACGUCAGAAAUACCCAUUUGAAUUUCCUCUA